AAAGGCGCUGUGAGUGAUAAAAGCUCCGGCGCACCGCACGCUGGACCGGUGGCCGCGCAAGAAAAAGUGCACACCUCUCCGGAUCCGGAGCGCACGGUGUGGUGCGGACCAGCAUCUGCUCUCUGAAUCCUGACUUAUUCGCCAAGUAGAUCUCGUGGACUGGAUAGCAGCAUUUACAAUUACACGUAAUUCUUCUUUUAUUUAAAGCUGUCAUGUGAGCGCAAGGCGCAAAAGCUGGACUUCCUCGUGCGUCUUCGCUUCUCCAGAUGGGUUGACAGAGUCAAUAGCACCCAGAGACCGGAUGCUUCCGUCCCGUGGUGCAAACUUCGGGCAGUUGCAAACUUGGCGGUUAUGCCCGGUAUGAUCGUUUUCAACGUGAGCCUGAGUUGUGCGCACUGUCCGGGUGGAGUAGCCGGUGGCACGGCGUCUACGGACGCAUACGAAGAGGUGUCCGGUUCUCUCCCUCCUCCGUCCCUGACCCCGAAAGGGCACCUGGUGGUGGCGGUUUGCCUCGGUUUCAUCGGCACCUUUGGGUUCCUCAAUAACCUCCUGGUGCUCGCGCUGUUUUUCCGGUACCGUGCUCUGCGAACGCCCAUAAACCUCCUGCUGGUGAGCAUCGCUGCUAGCGACCUGCUGGUCAGCGUGCUGGGCACCCCGUUCAGCUUCGCGGCCAGCACCCAAGGACGCUGGCUGAUCGGACGCGAAGGCUGCGUAUGGUAUGGGUUCGUUAACUCAUGUUUAGGCAUCGUCUCCCUGAUCUCCCUGGCUGUCCUGUCCUACGAGCGUUACUUCACCAUGAUGAAGCCAACUAUAGCCAACAACAGAGACUUCGGCCCAGCGCUGGGAGGGAUCUGCUUCUCCUGGCUCUACUCUGUGGCCUGGACUGUACCUCCGCUACUAGGCUGGAGCAGAUACGGGCCCGAGGGCCCAGGCACCACCUGCUCAGUGGACUGGAAGACCCAAACGGCAAACAAUAUCUCCUACAUCGUCUGCCUAUUCACCUUCUGCCUGGUCCUGCCGUUUGGCGUCAUCCUCUACUCCUAUGGAAAUCUGCUGCACGCCAUCAGACAGGUCCGCAGUGGGAGCUCAGUGGUGACCCGCCGCAGAGACCAGCGAGUGCUGUUGAUGGUGGUCACCAUGGUGGUGUGCUACCUGGUCUGCUGGCUGCCCUACGGAGUAGCAGCUCUGCUCGCAACCUUCGGCCCUCGUGGCCUUUUGACCCCCGAGGCAAGCAUCACACCCUCACUGCUGGCCAAGUUAUCCACUGUCAUCAACCCUGUUAUCUAUAUAUUUAUGAACAAACAGUUCUACAGGUGUUUCAGGGCGUUCCUUAACUGCUCCGCCCCUGAGCAACCCUCCACCGUAAAGACAUUUUCACGGCCGACCAAGACGCUCCGCACCGUCCGCCAGGAGAAGGAAUGCCACAUGUCCGAUCCCGCCCCCUCGUCUGCCCUGCCCACGCCCAAAUCCAUGCAUGAGUCCCCGCAGAGAGCCAAUCGAGGGGCUCUGUUUCCAUCAAAUCGACACUCUGCUGCUUCACACACCCCUACUGCUUACACCCCCAAACCCAAACUGAUUCUGGUAGCUCACUACAGGGAAUAAAAACAGAGAAACAACAACAGGAGCUAAAGGUUUACAGAAAAAAAGUAUAAGGGAGCAGGGCGCAGGUCUCCAAUUAACAACCAAAUCCUCUUAAUAGUGAAAAAAGUCGCAGUGGGAGUCUUAAAUACAAACUGGGCCAUUUUUAAUCCCUGAACAGGUUAUUAUUGCUCUGUGAAGUUGGCAAACAGAGAUACACACAAAAUGCCAGUCUCAUCCUGUUUACCACAGGCACUGCAUACACAGCAGUAUUAUAGGGCUAAGCUUAGUGCUUCAUGGUAAGAUUACACAUGAAAAAAGCCACAUAAGUAGGUGAAGUUUUUUGCUUGGAUUAAUGCAAGUAUCUAACUAACUAAAUAGUGUGCUUUCUUUUCAGGAACAAUUUGAAGAAGCACAGCCGUCUUUGGCAGAGAUUUCAUAAAUUGUUGGGUGUUUUUUUGCAAACAGGGCCAUGAGAAAUUUUGUUGGCUCAAGUUUCAUAGGCAGGAUUAUUCUUUCUUUUUUCGGCAAUAAUUCAAGAACCGGGUAAGCAAUUUUUCAUGACAUCAUUUCCAUGCCUGAUAUUUGAGGAUUUUACACAGAGCAUUAAAGAUUUGUUGAACAAUUUCAUGCAAUUUAGAACGGAGGUUUUUAUUAUGCCUUUAUUUACACUUUGCUGUAUGUAGGAUCUCUGUCAUUGGUACUUUGACUGUUAUGAAAGCCUUUGAUAGGGACAUUUCACCACGUUAUGUGGGACAUCUAAGUGUUCUUGGUGUUUCUGAAUCUAUUGCUUCUCUCCAUUCACUGGAAACACGGUUUUGUUUUUUCUUCUGUACUUUCUGCUUGCUUAUGUAACGUAAAUGAAAUCAUGUCACA